CCAGUUGUCGACAAGUUUGACCCGCGGCGGCGGAUCCGGCACCGGCUCUACCGCGACACGACGACGUACCGGAACGGGCACCACUACAAGGACCUCGAGGUUCUCAACCGCGACCUGCGCAAGGUGCUCAUCCUCGACACAGACGACGAGUCCUACGCCAUGCAGCCGUCUCACGGCAUCACGGUGCCGGAGUACAAGCACGCCAACGACCCCGAGAAGAAGGACGACGCGCUGACGAAGCUCGUCCCCUUUCUGCAGUACUGCGCGCUCGCCGGCCUGCCCGACCUGUCCGCCGAGCUGGCGCAGUACGCGGGGAAGGACCUGGCCACCGCCUUC